AUAUUACACAAUUCAAAACAUCCCAACAUUUUCUUCUUCAUUUCUCUCUCUCUCUCUCUCUCCAAAUCCCCAUCCUCCCACUUUCUUCGGUGUCAAAACACAAAAAUAGAAACCAACCGCCGCGGCGACCACCGUCUCCGCCGUCAAUACUACCGUCAAUGGCCGUCCACUCCGUAAGUCUUCGAAUCCCAUUAUUCCAUUCUUCCCACGCUUCUAAUGGGGUCGGAGCUUCUUCAAACGGCACCGUUUCUGAAACCCCAAUUGGUCGUUAAUAAUCGCUUUUACCAGGCUCACUAUUACGAUUAGCCUCGAUUUCUCGCCUCGAAAACUAGGUUAUAUUGCACGGCACGCGCUGUUAGGGUUUGAAAAGGGAUUGCAUUUAUUUAUUUUUCAAUUCGAUUCGAAGAAUAUUCUUGGGGAUAGGUGUUUUAAAUUACGUUGGAAAGAUUUCAUAGCGUCAUCGUUCGAUUUGGUCAUUAGGGUUUGAAGUGAUAUUAUUGUUUUGAUUCAAUUUCAAAAAUAAGGGAAAGAUAGGGUGAGAAGAGGGGGUUAGAGGAUAAUGUGUAUACUGUGUGUGAUUCAGAAGUGGUCUCGACGGAUUGCUACCAUGCUUCCGUGGUUAGUGAUUCCAAUGAUUGGCCUGUGGGCCCUAUCACAGCUCUUGCCACCGGCUUUCCGGUUCGAAAUCACGUCGCCGAGGUUGGCCUGUGUUUUCGUGCUGUUGGUUACCCUGUUCUGGUACGAGGUUCUGAUGCCACAGUUGUCUGCCUGGCGGGUGCGGAGGAACACCCGGCUUAGGGAGAGGAAGAGGUUCGAGGCGAUUGAGAUGCAGAAGCUUCGGAAGACGGCGAUGCGGAGGUGUAGGAACUGUUUGACUGCAUAUAGGGAUCAGAAUCCAUCGGGGGGGAAAUUUAUGUGUUCCUAUUGUGGGCAUGUUUCGAGGAGACCGGUGUUGGACCUCCCUGUUCCUCCUGGACUUGAGUUCUCGAAUUCUGGUGUGUUUAAAGAUUUGGUUGGGAAAAGUGGGAAGAUGUUGAACGGGAAGGUGUGGUCCGAUAAUGGUUGGAUAUGCGGUCAAGAUUGGUUGGAGAAUGGUAAUUGGGUCGGUGGGUCCUUUUCUGAGAAGUCUAGUCAUUGGCAGGAGAAUGGAGUCAGAUUUUUCUGCGGUGAUGAUGAUUGUAUGCAGGAAUCGUCUUAUUCACGAGUUGUAAUUUUUGCUUGCAAGCUAUUGAAAAUGUUUUUCUUGAGCAUCGGAUGGGUCUGGAGAAAGAUGACUCGGGUUUGUUCGGCCAGAGAUGAUUCUUUGUCAGAUGCAGAACACAAGGGUAUGUUUAGUAAACAAGAUGAAAUUGGGGCGAAUUUUCAAGAGAGUAAAGGAGAGAAGGCGCGCAGAAAGGCUGAAGAGAAGAGACAGGCUAGGUUGGAGAGGGAGCAAUUGGAGGAGGAGGAGAGAAAGCAGAGGGAGGAGGUUGCAAGGUUGGUGGAGGAACGUAGGAGACUGAGGGGAGAGAAGAUGGAGGCUGAGAAGGAUCGUAGCAGAGGCUCAACUGCUGCCAGGGAAAAAGACAUUAAGAAGGAAGCAGAGAAAAAGCGUCAAGACAAAAGGAAGGAAAAAGACAAGGGGUCUAAUAAAAGCAACUCCGAUGCUGAAGAGCUGGAAAAGAGAGCCGGAAAGGAGAGUGAACGGAAAUGGGAGUUUGAUAGGAAGAGUGAGACUGAUCGAUGGGAAAGUCACCGAACGGGCUCAGAACAUGCCAAGGCCAGCGGCACGGAAAUGGCACAUGGGAGUAAGGUUGCCAGUACAAACAAUCAUAGCCCAGGAAAUACUGGACCACAAUACCUGGACCAAAUGAGGGGUACUUUUUUUGGAAAGGGUGCAAAUACUGCUACUGCUAUUUCAAGAGAAAACAAGCCUAAUGGUUCUGUAGAUCAUGUACACGAUUCCACUAAUUGGAGAGAGUCAUUUCAGUCUGGAAAAAAUAUAAGCAGUGAUGACAAGACCACUAGCCGUCCUGUGAUCAUUGAACCAGAACCACCAUCAGUCCCUAAAAAGUCAUGGCACCAAUUAUUUAGUCGUUCAUCAGCUGUUCCUCAACCAACUAAUUCAAAUGUAAUAAGUAGACCAAAUGGGAAGUCCCAAGCACAAGUUCAGAGUCCUCCUUUGGCUGGUCACUCAUUCCCUGCACAAUCAUUUGCUAACCCCAUUGAGUUUGGACUGCCAUCACCAUUUGCCUUACCUACCUUUCCUAGUGUAUCGACAAGUAGUGGUUUUGUUCCCUCAUUAACACCCAAAGCCAUGUUUCCUUGCCUUGGAGAAGGACGUCGUGAUUUUUUACGAGAUGAGUCCGAGAUUUUUGGAGAACCGUGUUAUGUUCCCGACCCACUAUCUUUGCUUGGGCCUGUUUCAGAGUCACUGAAUAAUUUCCAGUUAGACCUGUGUACUGGAUUUGCUACAGACAUGGGAUUGCAAAACCCAUCCGCUUUAAAGAACAUAUCUGCAUCUGCUGAAUGCAACAGGCCAUCACCAAUUGAGUCUCCAAUGUCACGGAUACGAGCUUUUGAUGAAAGGAAUUCUUUUUCUAAUCAAUAUGCAAGUACAACGAACGCCCAGAAUAUGCAUCCUUCACCAAUAGGUGGUUUAAGUAAUGCAAAUGAGCAGGGGACAUGGCAGAUGUGGAGCACUUCUCCUCUUGGACAAGAUGGUCUAGGUUUGGUGGGUGGCUCGGCCAGCUGGCUAUUAUCUCCAGAUCCGAACAGAACAAAUAAAGAAGAUUUGGUCCAUCCUACGCCACAUAAGACCAUGGCAUCACUGUUUGCAAAAGAUGGUCAAGCCCUUACUAGCACUCGUUCUCCUCAGAAUGUUUUCCUUGGAAAUUGCCAGAAUGGUGGGACGUUUGUUGCUUCUGUUCCUGAUGCUACCCUUGAUCCUUGGUUACCACAAACUUUAGUUGGACCUGUGCCAGGCAUGGAAGGCCAUUUUCCUCAUAAUUCACCAGAGGAAGCUUCUCAGAAUGAUAUGAUAUAUGGGAGUCCCCGUGCCUUUACAACUAACCAUCAAGCGGCAUUGUCUCCUGCUAAUUGUGCCAAGAAGGAGUGGGCUAUGCAGUGUUCAGGGGAAAACAACCGAAGCACGUCUGUCACAAGGGCCCAUAUCGGUGGCCUGUAUUCCACCCGUGAUGCUCAAUCGCUUUGGUCAUAUGAUUGAAAAAGAUCAAGUUACAGAAAGUUGUAGGGAGUAGGGACCGGACUUUCGAUACGCCUGUUCUGAAGAGGACAACAGCCCUCUUUUGUAUCUUCCUUCUGUCCUACAUAAGGGUUAUUUAAUUACAAUAACUUGAUAAAUUACACGUGGAAUGCAUGCAGCUGCUAGUA